AUGUAUUUAAGGGUGACUGCCAAUUUUUCAGCAGCAAACUUAUUAGGAGAGGGUGGUUAUGGUCAUGUAUUUAAGGGUGAACUCAAAGAUGGACAACUCAUUGCAGCAAAAGUACGGAAAGAAGCAAGUGCACAAGGAUUUGUAGAAUUUCAUUCUGAGAUACAAGUUCUGAGUUUUGCUCGUCACAAGAACAUAGUGAUGCUGUUAGGAUAUGGUAGCAAGGAGAACUUAAAUGUUUUGGUGUAUGAAUAUAUUUGCAACAGGUCUCUUGAUUUUCACUUGUUUGCACAUUCAUUACGUGGAUUGCUGCAUCCUUCAUCCUUGAUAUUGAAGCAGAGGGAGAAGGAUGAUGGAAUGUCUUCAGGCUUGCAAUUUGAUGAAGUGAGUGGGGUGAGUUUCAAAAUUAUACCAACUGCUCAGAAAGAUCAUGGGCAGGAGUUGAAGUUGCAGUUUGUUUCCUACUCGAAGAAUAUUUCUGAAAGGAACUGA